GUUGGCUUUUAUUUAAACCAUUCUCGUUCCCUAUCCUGAAAUUUAAAUCCCGGGGUUUUCCCAUGAAACCCCAAAACCAAAAAUCCCUCUCUCGACUAUCUUUCCAUCACUUUCCCGAGAAAGCACAAUCCUAAACCUCUCACAUUCUUCCAUCAGCCUUAUCGUGGCCCUUCCCAUAUUUACCCCUAAUCGUCUCUUAACCCUUGUCCCAGUUACCUUUUUCAUUUUAGGGAUCGCGGAUUGAAAAAGGCGUUUAAAGAGGGUAAUAUAUUAGGGUUUUGUUUUAUUGAAAAGCGAGAGAGAUAUGGGGAGCGUGGAUCGACUUGAAGAUCGGACGUUUAGGGUUAAUUUAGACGGAGAUGGUGCGGAUAAGUUGAGAGAGAGCGUUAAGAAUAAGCUCAAGGAGUUCAUGGGCGAUUAUACUGACGAUACUCUUGUGGAGUACGUGAUUGUCUUACUGAGAAAUGGCAGGCGCAAAGAAGAAGCUAGGCAUGAAUUGAAUGUGUUUUUGGCUGAUAAUAGCGAUUCCUUUGUGUCUUGGUUGUGGGAUCACCUGGCUUCAAAUUUGGAUGAAUAUGUACAGCCUCACGAGACUCAUACCAGCAAUGUGGUCAAAACCAAACCCACAUUGGGAGACCAUGUUGGCAGGGACGAAUCUCACUAUGUUGAUUCUGAAUCAGGGAAAGGGAAGUCUGAUAAGUUAUCCAUAACUCGGCAUAAAAGAGAAUGGAAAGGUUUAACGAAGGAUGCAACUGAACCUCCACCUCUUCGAAGCGCUGUGGUUGAUAUUGGACAUUACGAUGAAAAGAGUCAUCGUAAAGCAAGUCAUGCGAGAAGAUCCGAGUCUCCUCACCCUCCACAACAGAAGAAGAGGAGUCGACAGGAUGAGCGACAGCAUAUGAAGAGGGAAGUAGUUUCUCAAGCAACCAUUGAUGCUCCUCGACGACUUCUCCAAUUUGCAGUGCGAGAUGCUGUAGGAAAUUUGAGGCCGUCUGGUACAGUAAAAGAACCCUCUCUGAAGCGGCUUCGUUCUGUGGUGUCUACAUCCACUGGGGAAUCAUCAUUAGUUGAUCGUCCUAGAAGGAUUCAGUCAAUUGCUAGAGUUCCAAAUCCUAUGGCUACUGUAAUUAGAGCUGUUCAAGAAGCUGCUGAAGAUGUAAAAGUUAAAUCUUCAAAAAGUGUGUUUGAUCGACUUGGUCGUGAGAUGGAUAUAUCAGAUACUGAACAAGUUAGAGACAUGAGAGAUCUUGCUGUUGAAGAUGAAGAAUUUAACCAGAUACCGGAGAAGACCCUCCCGUUCUAUCAUCAAAUUCAAGGAGUGGAUAUUGGAAUUGUGGAUAGUGAAACCAGGUUGGCUGGUGACUCAAUGUUUGACAAUGAAGGUUAUGAUGACGGCGACGAUGAUGAUGUUUUAGGCCACAGAGUUAUUGAUGUUUGUGAAACCGGCACAUCUGGUGGAAAAAUGUUGGAGGAUUCGCUCAUGGGGCAGUACAGAGCCUCAAAUGCUGAUGAUGUAAUGCGAAUAACUCGAAUUAAAGAUCAUGACCAACCUGUUUCGUCUGCAAAAACAUCAUUAAACUUUUCUACAAAUCUAAAUUCCCGGAAGCCACCUCAUUUUCAGGAACCAAGAGAGGUUGCAGAAAUGGGCAAUUGGAGAUCUGUUGAGGAGAAUGAGGAAGAUGCAGGGAAGUCUACUAUUCAAGCAAUGAGGGAGAAUGGCAAGCCUGUCGUGGUUGGUAAUGGAAAUGCAAAACCAGUCGCUGAUAUGCAGAGAGAAUCUCAGAAGUCAGUGCAAUCUGUGCCUGAAUCUGUUUUGGAUGGUGUUGCAGGUUCAUAUACUAGUGGUCGUCCAUUAGAGGAUGCUGAUUCUCGAACCAUUUUUGUCAGCAAUGUCCACUUUGCUGCUACUAAGGACAGCCUUUCUCGUCAUUUUAACAAGUUUGGCGAAGUGCUCAAAGUGGUUAUAGUCACUGAUGCAGCAACGGGGCAGCCAAAGGGGUCAGCUUAUGUAGAAUUUAUGCGAAAAGAGGCGGCAGACAAUGCAUUAUCUCUUGAUGGCACUUCCUUUAUGUCACGGAUUCUCAAGGUUGUAAAGAGAAGCCCUACCCACCAAGAAGCUACUCCUAUCAUGACAUGGCCCCGAAUUGCCCGUGGCUCUCCAUAUGCUAGUGGUAGGUUUGCAAGAGUUCCUUUCCCCCGAGGUAUUCCUGGAGCAUUUAGGUCUCGCCCUCCCAUGAAACUUGGUGCCAGAAGUUUGCAGUGGAAGCGAGAUGCUCAAGGCAACCCAGGUGAGAGUGGGGCUCCAGUCCCAAACAGUCUUGUGUCCCCUACUGCCAGGAGUCUCACCUAUGUCCGAACAGAGCCUAAAACCUGAUGGGAAUUCGGGUACCACUAAAUCAAACAAUGCAUAUUUUCCUUUGUUCAAAUGUUCGGAUUGCAAGUGCGAGGAAUUGCACUGCAUGGAGUGUUUUCACACUGCGGCUGUUACAAAUCCAUUGGUUUCACUUAUUCAUCAGAGUAUCGAUCUUCUGUAUAUGGUGAAGAACAUAUAUGCCAGAACUGGUGGAGAUCUCAGGAGUAUGGAAGAGUUUCUCUUUUUAGCAAAUAUUUUUGGGUUCUUUUAUGGGGCUGGGUGUUUUUACAAAUACAAUUGGAAAGAGACAAUGGACACUGGCUGCCUAGUUGUCUGGCCCCUGAGAGUAUCUACAUCGUUAAUGGAAAUUUGUGAAUAGGGUGGAUGGGUACGUAGUUUUUCUUUUGUUGCAGGGUUCUUAUUUUUAUUUCAAUUUCUUUUUUUUUUAUAUAAAAAAAAACAGAAAGUAGGAAAUGAAAAAUGAAAAAGAAAAGACAACUUUGUAAUUGGGUAGCAUCUGUAUCUGCAUAUUCUAACGUUGUUGUUGGUUGCCAAAUGCUUUUUACCCAUAUGAGAACUCAACCUUGUUUUGACAUUGAAAGACAAGCUUGGGUGCGUUUCUGCAUUUAUAAUAUAGUUGUUAUAUUCUGGAUUGGA